UCUACUUCAUUCAGCAGAGUUACUAAUAUCUAACCUAUCGUAUUGUAUGUUUGCUCCUUACUAAAAUUGCUUCUAUUGCUUGUGUAGCUGUUUUGACACAAAACAUUGUAAUUUCCAAUGUAUAAUACUAAAUAAGACUUUCUUUUUUUUAUGUUCCUUAAUUAAUUGCUCGUGUAAUUAUCAAGAUGGAUAGUAUAUCAUCUGCUGUAUCUAAUAGUAUUAAUCAUUCACUAGGAUCUGAAACUACUAAUUUAAAACAUUUGGACAACUCAUUUCAGAAUAACUCAGGCCAUGGAAUAUUGGCUUACACUCCGAUUUUCCUACAAACGGGUACAGCUCAAACUAUUGCUGGAUUCUUUGUUUGGUUAGCUCUCAUCAUCUCUUGUCAUCAGAUUUAUCAACAUCUUCGAAUAUACACUAUGCCAUCAGAACAGAGAUACAUCGUCCGAAUCUUAUUUAUUGUACCUAUUUAUGGUUUUGAUUGUUGGUUAAGUUUACUUUUCUUUAAAGACAAUUACUAUGUCUACUUCGAUUCAGUCCGUGAUUGGUAUGAAGCUUUUGUAAUUUAUAAUUUCUUGGCUCUUUGUUAUGAAUAUCUUGGUGGCGAAUGUAAUAUUAUGUCAGAGAUUAGAGGCCAGCCAAUUAAAUCGACUUGGUGGUACGGUACUUGUUGCUUAGCUGGAAAGACUUAUACAAUUGGAUUUCUCAGGUUUUGUAAACAAGCAACCCUUCAAUUUUGCGCCAUCAAACCAAUCAUGUCGGUCGUAACACUGAUACUUCAAGCAUUUGGGAAAUAUCGUGAUGGUGAUUGGAGCGCAGACAGUGGCUAUCUUUAUGUCACUCUCAUCUAUAAUUUCAGCGUCUCCUUAGCCCUUUAUGGACUAAUAUUGUUUUACCAAGCUACCAAAGAUCUUCUCUCUCCAUAUGAUCCAAUCUGGAAGUUUUUCACCGUUAAAUCUGUUAUUUUUCUCUCGUUCUGGCAAGGAGUUAUUCUGGCUGUCCUCGAAAAAGCUAAUCUAUUACCUGAGUUCUAUGCUAGCGGAGCUAAAGCUAGCACUGGUACAGUUUCAGCUGGUUAUCAAAAUUUCUUGAUAUGCGUUGAGAUGUUAUUUGCAUCGUUGGCCUUGCGUUACGCUUUCCCAUACCAGAUUUACGGUGAUGGUUGCUCUUCAGAUGGCAACGUACGAUCUGUUACCAUGCAGAGCAUAUCAAGCAGCUUAAAAGAAACAAUGAAUCCUAAGGACAUAAUGAACGAUGCCAUUCACAACUUUCACCCCCAAUAUCAGCAAUAUACUCAAUAUCAUUCACCAACACCAACUAAAGCAGCUGAAGGAAGCAGCAAAGUAUCUGGUAUUGGAGGGUCAACCAGUGGAGUCAGUAAAGCAGCUAAUGGAGCCCAUGAUUCUCAUCAUCACCAGCAAAAUUUUGAUCAUUCAGGAGGAAUCGUUAAUCUCGGUGUUUCGAUUGAAUCAGAAAGUUCAAUAAUAGCUCCAGGAUCAACACCAGUCGCAGCUUCAUCUUCAACAGCAGCUAAUUUAGGGACAUCAUCAUCGGCAGCCAGUAAAAAGUCCUCCCCGCCCUCUCGACCACUUCAAACAAUCAGUCAAAAUUACUCAGAAAAAACUACUUUGCUUAACUCGGAUGACGAGUUUCAAUGAAUAGUUUAUUCCUCUGCUUUAAUUGAAAAUCAAUGCAGUUGGGACUAAUUUUGAGCUACAGUGUGAUGUUUUGUUGACCUGAAAACGAAAGUUUUGUCAAAUUUGUAAAAAGAUUGAAACGUAAAGAUUUAUCAGAUGGAGAUUAAAGAGGGGUAAAUGUGGAAGGAGAGGGAUUCAAGGAAGAAAUUUAUCCGGCUACUCCUUUUAGCCAAACAAUGUAAAAAGAACAAGAUUAAUGAUGAAUCGAAAGGAAUGUUGAAUCAACUGUGUUUACUUCAAAUCUAAACUUCAUUCAUACUCUCUUUCUCUCUCUCUUUCUUCAUCUUCUAAUUCUGUGAAACAAGUGAUAAACCAUUAUUAUCUUUGUCAAAUCCGUUGAAGUGAAAACUUGACGCAAAAAAAGCAAAAUUGCUCUACCUUUUCGAUUAACUUUCCCUGAUUAUGUCAACUUAAAUUUCCACUUUCUACUUCAUCAACAUCAUUCUACUUUUUCAUUUUAAUUUCAAAGUUCUUGUUAUCUUUCUAUGUGCACUAAAGAUUGAAACUCAAUUAUGAAAUAAAUUAGUUGAUUGUGAACAUUAUCAUUAA